CUUAUUUGAAACUGUCAUCCUUGCCAAGUCUUUCUUCAGAAUCUAUGCAUCUAAUUGCAUCGUUCCCUGUCAAUCUCAGGGCCACAUGCGCAAAGUGGCGGUCGUUGGUUGAAGUGUUUACUUCCCAGUGACGACCGUUGGAGGCCACUGGCCCCCGUUACGUAUACAUCCCCGGUAGCUUCCAACCACGCUGCGGGCAUUCCAUCCCCCCAUCAUUCAUCCAUUCAUGCAUCUGGCUAUCUGACAGCACCAGUCGAUUAUUUGUCAAGAAGUCAACUAGACUCACUGGCCUCUCGUUUCUCACUUAUCCAUUCUGCCUGUGUUUUCAUUGGCCCUCCAAGCUUGUCCAACGUUUCAUCAGAUUGACGCCUGUGAGCUCGGCAGCCCCCAGACCUGGACGGUAAGAACCCGCAUUCAUGGUCUUGCGAAAACGAGCUCCACCACGUCUUCAAAGUCUCGGCCAAGCCUACGAACCUACAGGCCCUCGUUCUUUGUCCUCCAAAGCCUCACCGACCUCCAAGUCAUUGUCGUCUUCUUCCCCAAAGCGUCUCACCCGCCCUAGACGGGCCCAGAGCACCCCUCAACCUCAACGGGCCGCUUCCCCCGACUCCAUCUUCUAUCCCGACCUCAACACUUCACCCGCGUUCGACCUGAUGCCCCUAGAACAGGCUCAGAGGUCGCCCACCCGGGCCUCUCCCGGUGAUGCCACAAAUGCAUGGGCGGAUGAGCUGGUGGAGAGGUUCAAUCUUGGCUUACAUGAGUCCACUGGUCCAGCACAAUCUGCGUUCACUGAGCCGAUAGGGAACGGCGCGCAGGCAGUAGAUGGGAACGGGGCGGCCCGUGUGCCAACGGUAUUGACUCCUGCGGCUCAUGGACGACCUUAUACAGACGAGUGGCAGCAGCCGCAACACCGAGGUGCUGGGAAUGGGGCCGAAUGGGAUCCGCACUCGGCGCAGCAUUCUUCGAUGCCGCUGCAGUCCAACAAUCCGUUCCUGAAACCCAGGGCUCCUUCCGGGUUGAAUCCUUGGGAAGAUCCCCAAUCCCGUGCUUCAUAUGGCGCAGCGUCGUCGAUCUCACAGGAUGGGGCAAGCGUGCGUUUGGGCCAAGACGAGGGAUAUAUACCGAUGACGGCGCGCUUGUCGCUCCUCGAACAACCCGAAGAGGCGUCCCCGUGGGCUGACGAACAUACUACUACUGCCACGCAACCAAUAUCUUAUACUCAAGCCCAGCCCGCUCAACAACUACACGAGCCAGACAGGCUAUCUCCUGAUCAAAGCAUGAGUACUCCGGUAUCCUUAGAGAUGAAUGCUACAGGUUCAUCUCAUGUUCUCAUCGAUUUGAACGAAGCCCCUCGUGCCCAGUUCGAAGGAUCAAGCAAGUUGAGCCCUACGGAAUACGGAAUCAUGAGCGACACUCAAGGCUCUUCUCAACCACAAAAGCGUCUUUCAGGCCCACCUUUACCGGAACGACCAAAAACCACUUCCGAGCCAGGGGCAGAGGUUCAAGCUCGAUCAGCAUCAACAGCUCCAUUAUCUGAAGCUGAGAUCCAACGCCAACAGGAGCAAAGAGCUGAAACGUAUUCCAUUCGGCAUGUGCAUUGGGCAAAUACUGCAGGCAGUUUAUGCGACUCGCCAGUCCUGAUCCAGAACAAGAAUGGGCCUUGUCCUCUGUUAGCUUUGGUGAAUGCGCUCGUUCUACGUGCAGCGGGGCAAGAAGUCCAGCCACCCAUCGUACGGGCCUUACAGACUAGGGAGCAGAUCUCGCUAGGGCUAUUGAUUGAGGCGCUUUUUGACGAACUCACAACCUGCCUGGGCCCUGACGAUGAGCUUCCAGACAUCGAGGCUCUCACCCGAUUUCUGACUAUGUUGCACACCGGCAUGAAUGUCAAUCCACGGCUCACACUGGAGUCUGAAAAUAGCCUUGGUUCUUUUCUCCAGACUGAUGUUAUCCGAUUAUAUAGUACAUUCGGUGUGCCAUUGGUUCAUGGCUGGGUGGCUGCUCCAUCUACGGAAGUCCAUGCAGCCUUAGAUCGGGUAGCUCACUUUUAUGAGGAUAUUCAGCUGCUGCCCUUUCGCAAGCAGGAGCUUGAAGAUCGUGUCAUUCAAGGGGGCUCGUUGACCCCUCAGGAGGAACAGACUAUGCAGGAUAUCCACACUAUCCAUGGAUUCACUGAUGUCGAAAACGCAACCCAGCUGAGUCCAUUUGGCCUCGAUCAAUUGCUGGCGAAGUUGAAACCGGGAUCGCUGUCCAUUUUGUUCCGCAAUGAUCAUUUCACGACGCUUUACAAACAUCCACAGCUCAGUCGACUUUUUACUUUGGUUACUGACGCUGGCUACGCCUCUCAUGCGGAAAUUGUGUGGGAGAGUCUCGUGGAUGUAAAUGGAUCAAGCACCAGCUACUAUGCUGGAGACUUUCGUCCCGUCAGUCAUGACGCUCCCAGGGCCUCAGAUCCUUCCGGACCGCGAGCCUCAAGCAACACGAGGAACUCCCUGCCGACGCCUCCGGACCGACACAGCGCCAACCUAUCUCCUCAGGAGCAGGCCGAUGCGGACUAUGCCUACGCUCUAUCCCUCCAAUACCAGGAAGAAGAACAGAGAGCAAGCACCGCCAGCAACGACAGAACUCCGCCUCAUCGCGCCUCCAUGUCCAACGCCUCCACCGGGGUGUCCCGCGAGUCAGCGUACGGACAUAACCGCUCAUCAAGUGGCGUCAACGUGAACAGCACUGGCAACGGGGACUCCUAUGCGACCGCGGCGCGAAAUCAGCUAUCGCGACAAAGUCAGGGCUCCGGACGGCGCUCACAGACACGCUUCUCAACCCACCGUCCUGUGCACGGUGAUGAAGUUCCCCCCCCUUCGUACGAACAGGCCGCUAGCAGUCCGGCUAUCCCGUCUCCGCCACGAACUGCUCCUAAUUCCGCGGACUCCUCUUUGCCCAGCCCCACGCCCUACCAACGAAACACAGUCGGAAGACGACCCUAUGGAAAUUCCAUUUCAGGCGGGUCCGGAGAGCGUUCCAAAGAGCGGAAUAAGGACUGCGUGGUUAUGUGAGAUUCUUCCUCAUAUCGACAGAUGCUAUCCACGCUCCUUCUAAUCUGUUUUUUGUCGAUGGACUUGAACCUUGAUUUUGACGACAAGAUGACGUGGAAUGACUGAUGUUGUGUAUGUACUAUAUGACUGCGGCUUACUGCUUGUGGGUUCUUUAGACGAUGAGCGUACGGUGGGUUUUAUGUUAUGAUGCUUUUUUAUGACCGGUUCAUGAGACUUGUGUGCGAAUCCGGGUACUAUAUACGGAGGAAUGUUGUUUCAUUCUAAAUACUUGACUUCUAGUUCUUCUUUCUCAUCCUUCCGGUUCAGUGUUCGGGAUUGUACAUAGCGAUUAGCGUGAGGUCUGUCAACUGAU